AUGACGACGACCUGGUCCGAGCGGCAAAUAGAAGCCGCUUCUGGCUUGAUGGCUGGGUUUACAACUACUAUUGUUACACAUCCUCUAGAUUUGAUUAAGGUGAGGCUUCAGCUAUCCGAUAAGCCCUCCACACGUCCCUUCGAUCUACUACUAGACGUAGUUCGGAAUAUUAAUAGGGAUGCAACAUCACUAUACAAAUCUCCAGGAAAUAAGAAACCGAAGUCCAUUUGCUACCUACAACAGUAUUAUAGAGGUGUGGGACCGAAUCUAGUGGGCAAUGUUUCAGCAUGGGCGCUUUACUUUUCAUUGUACAAUGAAUUCAAAAACUUGAUGCCAACUUCUGGAGGAACUACAACAUACUUCACAGCAUCUUCGUUAGCAGGGUUAACAAUUUCUGUAUUGACCAAUCCCAUCUGGGUUUUGAAGACCAGAAUACUCAGCACUUCAAACAUAGAGAGUAACUCAUAUAAGUCCUUGAUGGACGGUGUUUCUCAAAUUUACAAGAAUGAAGGAUUAGCCACAUUUUGGAAAGGUACAAUACCCAGUCUAUUUCAGGUUUUUCAAGCAAGUUUGAAUUUCACCUUUUAUAACCAUGCCAAAGAUUAUCUAAUGAUGAAGCUGGAUACCAACGAGAUCCUGACAGUGCAAUACAUCUAUGCAUCUGUUUUUUCCAAAACAGUGAGUAUGGUUCUAUUGUAUCCCUCACAGGUGGUCCGCUCUCGUCUCCAGCGGUACAAUUUUGACGGGUCGAAAAGGACCUUGACCAAUGUCAUACGUGAGGUUUGGACGGGCGAAGGUAAAUUCAGAGGAUUUUACCGAGGCUUGAGUGCUAAUAUCGUACGUGUUCUUCCGUCUACAAUCAUCACAUUUGUAUCAUAUGAAACCACGAGACAUUAUUUAUAUGUGACAUAG